CGCUCAGGUUUGGUAAUACCAGUUUUGUCCGUAACAUUGCGAACAGGAUGGCAGAAGGCAGCGCGUAUGCCAGUUAUUUCACUUUGCCCAGUUUGCCCUGGAUGUUGAACAUUCUCGGCUGGUUUUACUUUCUCGUCGGGGGCACGGCUUUUAUCCCCCACCUAAUACCCUACGAGUAUCUUGGACCUGGUGGAACAUGCAUGAGGUUGAUCAACAUCUAUUUCCCGUAUUUUGCGAUUUCCGUAUUUGUACCUGGGACAUUCGCACAUUUCCUCGAAGCAAUGUAUAGCUGGCGUCUAUGUAGUACGAAAGGCAUCGAGGGAUCAGCCAAGGUCAAAUGGUUCCUAUCGACCACCAUCUUUGGUGGAGCGUCCCUGUACGAACUCGUCACAUUCAAAUCUCACCGGAGUGCGCACGCGGAUUGAUUUGAGAGUAACGUGUGAUAUUCGGCGGCCGCAUCACAGUUCUGUAAAACAAGAAACGCGUAAAUGACAGGCCAGAGACCUAAUGACGUCACGCUUUGUUUAAACUAAUGUGCGCUUUCCUAUGUGGUAGACGGGCCCUACUUCGUCUGGCGUCCAGACUUCGCUCCCAUAGGAAAGGGCAUUAUCUAAACAAAGCCAUAACGUCAUUAGGUCCGAAGUCUAUUCUUGUAGAUUAUUCUUGCA